AUGGAUAGACCAGAAUCUAGAGCACCUACCAGAGCCUAUGCCAUCAAAGCCAGAGAGGAUCAGGAUUUCCCAGAUGUUAUCAUGGGUAUAUUUUCUAUCUUUGGCCGGUCUGUUCAUGCUUUAAUAGAUCCUGGUUCCACACACUCUUAUAUUUGUAUACCUAUCACAAAUAAAAAGGAACUACAAGCAGACAUACUAGACCAAGAUAUAGUAGUAACUAAUCCUCUUGGCCACAGUGUAGUUGUUAGUAAAGUAUUUAAAGAUUGCCCCAUCUUGAUUCACGGUCACAUUUUUCAUGGAGAUUUGAUUGAAUUACCUUUUCGGGAGUUUGAUGUGAUUCUAGGAAUGGAUUGGUUGUUUAGGUACCAGGUUAUAGUUGAUUGUAGAAAGAAGAGAAUCACGCUAAAGACACCGGAUGGUGAAGAGUAG